AUGUUUACUGUAUCUUUUUCUGACAGCCAAAAGCAGACGCUGGUGGCUCUUGUGGAUACCUUUGUCGCAUCACUGGAUGCAGAUGAAGAGGCCAAACUGAUUGAAACCACUCUGCGUGUACCGGGGUCAGCCGCCUGCUUUACCAAAGACCAACUCGCGCAAUUCGCAAAGACAUCUGGUUCCAGCAUCAACGUAGUUGACAAGAUUGAAAAGAAACUGCCCUUGAUCUUGACACCAAAACAGCUCAAUGAUCUGUUACUCGUCAUUAAUUUAUUGGAUUAUCAACCUGCAUCCAUAUUGAUGACAGGACAUUGGAAACCUUUUAAAGACAUACCGAGGCGAGACAGGGAGCUGGUAGUGACAAAGUGGAGAAAGUCUUCGUUUGCUACGUUUCGGCAGAUUUACAAUUCAUUGAUGGGAUUGAGUCUAACAGAGGCUUAUUUUAGCCAUGACACUGCCUUGUAUCAGGGCCUGCAUUAUGACGGCAUUCAAGGUGGGCACAGGCACUUUGAGCAGCAACAGGACUAUCAGCCCAUUCAGCAUGACCGACUUACGAUGAUGACAGAUGAGGAGGUGGCAGCAUUAAGCUCAGAGAUGUUUGAUGUGAUUAUUGUAGGCAGUGGAGCUGGAGGAGGUGUUGUAGCAGCACAACUCGCUGAGGCUGGAUUCUCUGUGUUGGUUGUGGAGAAGGGCAAAUACUACCACCAGGAGGACAUGGUGCCUGAUGAUGACCAAUUUGCAUUCUCCACCAUGUAUGAGGAUGGAGGUAUCGCUCCUAAUGCAGCAGGAACAGUCAAUGUUCUUUCUGGAUCUACCUUUGGAGGUGGAACAGCCAUCAACUAUUUAGCGUGCUUGGAGCCAUCAGAUGAUGUGAGAAGAGAGUGGGCAGAGAAGUCAGGGCUGUCUUAUUUUAGUUCACCUCAGUUUCAAGACGACUUAAACAAGGCAGCGGGCCGUAUUGGAGUCAGCACAGACAAUAUUGUACACAGCGGCCCUAACCAAAAGCUCAUCGACGGUUGCAGGAAACUCGGUCAUGCAGUAAAAACUGUGCCCCAAAACACAUCUGGACGAUCCCAUCAUUGUGGGAAGUGUUAUACAGGAUGCGCGGCAGGCAUCAAGAAUAGUACAACAAAUACUUGGCUGAAGGAUGCCGCCAGUCAUGGCGCUCGUUUUCUGGAUUGUACGCGUGUGAAUGGCAUCUUGAUCAGGAAAGGAAAGGCAGUUGGUGUUUCAUGCAACGUGCACCACUCGCAACAGAUACACAAGCUGUUUGCAAAGCGUGUCGUGGUAGCAGGAGGCGCGCUUCACACGCCAAGUUUACUGAAACGAAGUGGCCUUUUGAACCCCAACAUUGGCCAGCAUCUUCGUCUUCAUUUAGCCUCUAUUUGUGUGGGUAUCUAUAGCCAGGCUACCAACCCAACACAAGGUGCUUUGCUGACCUCUGUUUGUGAUGCUUUUGAGAACUGGGAAGGAACGCACCACGGCUUUAAGAUUGAGUGCUUUACUCAGGGCCUGGGCAUGUUCUCUGGCAUGAUACCAUGGCUAGGUGCUGCUAAACACAAGGAAACCAUGCUGAGAUACAGAAAUGCAGUCAUUACGUUCGCCAUGAUGCGAGACAAAGAUUCCAAGUGCAGUGUGCAGUACGAUCCUUACGGUAAGGUAGAUAUUAGCUGUGAUCUUUCAAAGCACGAUAUAGCCAAUUUAGUGCAAGGCAUAGUGGAGAUGGCUAAAAUCCAUGUUGCUGCUGGUGCUCGUCAAAUUCACGUUUCACAGCAUUCUGUUGAUUCAUUCGAGUUCAAUGCACAUGAGAAAUCCUCUGUCCAUCAUCCACGGUUUUUGGAAUGGAUUAAGUCUCUUCAAGGCCAAGGGGCUCCGGUGCCAUCUUCCGGUCAUCAAAUGGCAUCGUGCCGUAUGGGAGCCUCGCCCAAGACAUCGGCUACGAAAUACACUGGAGAAACGUGGGAUGUAGGGCAUCUGUAUGUAGCUGAUUCAUCGCUAUUUCCUACUGCACUGGGAGUGAAUCCCAUGCUGACCAUUGAAGCCAUUGCUCUGCACGUAUCUCGCAACAUUAUCCAUUCUCUUUCCAGCACCAGAAAGAUUGCUGCCAAAAUCUAA